AUGUGGGCUUCCCGGAGAAACUCUUCCGCUGCAACAAGUGUCAUAACCGCUUCCAACACUCGUAUUGUAGUAACUACUAUAGUGAAUCAUCGGAGCCGAUCGAAGUAUGCGAUUGGUGCAAAAGCGAGGAAAGAAGUGCGCCAAGAAACUCAAGGAAAUCAUCAGCAACAACAGGGGAAAGAAUCAAACAGAAUGAUCAUCAUCGUGAAGAAGGUUCUUCAGAAAACAGAGGCAAAAACAAUACCCCAUCUCCUCGGACUUCAACUCGAAGAUUCAUUGAAGGUAUAG